AUGGACAAUUUAAGAUUGCUCAAGAUUUGGAAUGGGAACUUUCAUGGAAACAUUGAAUAUCUUUCUAAUGAGUUACAAUUUCUGGAAUGGCAUGAGUGUCCUUUAAAUUAUUUGCCAUCAGACUUUGAAUCAGAUAAGCUUGUUGAACUCAACUUGUAUUCGAGCCGCAUUGAACAACUAUGGGAGGGAGAAAAGCUACCUGAAAGCUUCUCUCAACUCUCGAAGCUUAAACAUCUGGACGUGAGCAAUUGUGGUAGGCUUCAAUUGAUGCCUAAGGAGCUUCCAUCAAGUCUUCAACAUCUGAGUGCCCAGGACUGCACAUCAUUAAUAGGCUCUCCAAAUGAGUUCAAAAUAUGGGCUUCACCUGUCUCAGGAACAACUACUUUCAAUUCUUCCCAAAAUUCCCAGUGCUCUUAUAGUAUCAAGUCUAGCAACUGGUGCAAAAGUCUCGUUGAAGUCUAUGCCCGGAUGCUGUGA